UACGGUGAUCGUGCCGAACGGACCUGCUUGCGGUCUGCUUCGAUAUCUUGAGAGUGACAAACAUUUUGCAGUGCUAUAAACAUACUAUUAAGAGAAAGUUGGAAUUAAAAGUCAGUUAGUGGUAGAAGAUGUCGGGCGAUGUACAGCCGAGAAAGCGCAAGGAUAAGCGCCGCAAACGUGAAGACGAUGAAUCUUCGCAUGGCGUGCACAUCACAAAGCUGGGCAAGGACGAUGUACAUCUCCAUGUCCAACAUCAGCAUGGCACUGGCGGUCACUGGUGUGCAAAGAUUAUAUUCUUCUCACUAAUGGCUGUGCUCUUGGGUCUAGUCGGUAUCAUUAUCAUGGAAAAUCGUGGCAUAGAAGAUUUUGAUACACCUUUAUCAGAGUCUCGAUACUCAAAAGUCUUCAACGGUUGGGUGGAGGAGCAUCGUCCUGAGGAGCAUGACUCACAUGAAGCUGCCUUAGAUGAUGACCAUGAACAUGAUUCACACGAAGAGGUUGAACAAAAUGAGCAUGAGGAUGAAUAUGAACAUGAAGACGAGGAGGAAGAGGCAGAUGAACCAGAACAAGAAGGAGAAGAAGAAGACGACGACAAUACAGCCGCCGAAAAUAUGACAGCUGAAGAAGAAGAGGAUGAUGAUGCAGACACAGAUGCUGAAGCGUCCUUGGAGCCCACACAGUCUGUGGCUGAGGAUGAGGAUGACGAUGCGGACAACAAUGCAGCCGACGAGUAUGAGGAGGAGGAGCAAGAUGAGGAUGCUGACGACGAUAUUGAAGAGUCAUUGGAGCCUAUAAUUUCACAAUCUACAGCUCAAAGUGCACCAGAAGCUGAAGAUGAUGCAGAAGAGGAUGAGGAAGAUGAUGAUGAUGAUAUUAUAGAAGAAUCUACAGAGCCUGCAGCUCAAAGUACACCCGAUGUAGACGAUGAAUAUGAGGAUAAUAAUCAGGAUGACGAGGAGGAGUUUUUGGCACAGAAAUCUGCAGAGCCAGCAGGCCAGAGUACACCCGAUGCUGACGAUGAUAAUGAGCAGGAGGUAAGCUUUAAUUCAAGAUUUAUCAAGAAACAAUUAUUAAUUGGAAAUUUUUAGGAUGACGAUAACGACUUUGAGUCUCUCGAUCAGCAGUUUGAAGAUGACGAAGAGGAAGAAAGACAACGUCAAGCCGCAAUGUUAAAAUCGGAGCCAAAACAGCCUGAGCUGAAGGACGAUAAUGAUAAGGAAGAAGCAGCGAGUACCACAUCCUGGCUGGGUUCUCUUGCCGUUAAAUUUGGCGUUGGCAUAGCACUUGCCAUUGUAUCACGCCUUGUAUUGUUAAGGAAAAAUCCAAAUACAACCGAUGAAGAGCCCGCACCAGAGAUCAUCAUGCGACGUCGCUUGACCAUUGCCAAUGCGGAGGAUAAUAUACCUGAGGAUGAUUUAGAGCAGCUGCCACCGCUUGAUGAUGAGGAAUAUUCCGAGGAGGAGAUCGAAAUCGAAGAGGAAAUCGAAGUGGAAGUCAGCGAUAUAGAAAGCGAUGACAAUGUGGCCUUCACUGCCAGCUAUGUGCCAGAGACCUUUGAGCAACUAAAUGCUAUGUACAAGGCGACGACCGGUCAGGAGCAGCAGAAGCAGAAGCAGCAGCAGCAGCAGAAGCCAGCAGAGAAACCCAAAGAAGAAAAAGAGGAGUUACCCGCUGAAUUGCCUGCUGGCACAGAUAUUUAUGUUGAGUACGAAGAUGGUGAUAUUGAGGAUUAUGAACAUGAUGUAGACAUGGAUGACAGCGAAGAAAGCGAAGUUAGCGAUGCGGAGGAAGAUGAAAUCUCAGAUGUGGAUGAUGCAGAUUUAAUGAACAGAUUGGAGGUUAGGUACGGACGCUUGCCGCUUGAUUGCAAGGAAUACGAAAGCGAUCCAGAUUCCGAUGAUCCGUCCUGGACACAAAUCAACCCUAAGCAACCAAGUGGUGCACAGGACACUGAUGCUGAUGAUCUGUUCGAGCAGGAGCUGCGCAGAGCUAAUGCUGAGAUGAUCAAUGAGCAUCCUGCACGAGUCCUGCGCGCAUUUAAACAGCUCACACACAAGCAUCCACACCAGCCAGCAGCUCAUUUGCAUCAGGCGCAAGCCUUGGAGCAACUUGCCACUAAAACAAACAAUAAACAACUAUUACUGGACGCCAUAGAGUCCUAUAAACGUUAUUUGGCAUUUGAGCCCACUUCGAUUGGCAACGAUGUGGAAUAUUGCGAUGCUGCUGCUCGUUGCAUUGAGCACUUGAGAUCGUUGGGUCAACUGCAGUCGACUGUGGCCAUACACAAACAGUUAAUAGAAUAUUUUCCACAUGAAGUUAAGCAACGCAAUCAGUUGACGCUAACGCAGCUCAUAUUCAAUAACUUGCUUGCAGUGCAGCAGUUGGCCGCUGAAACUCUCAAGAUUUGGCCGCAGGAUGCACUGGCUCAGUUGUACUACGGCUUGGCGCUGAAACAGCUGACAGCGGAUUAUGCCAAGGCGCUGCCGUUUUUGGAGUACGCCAUAGCGAGUGAAGCAGCAGGCACGCAGCAAGCGUAUUUCUAUCUAAUGCUAGGCGAAACGCUGCAGCGUCUAGGACAACAGCGCAAGGCUUUGGAGGUUUAUCGGCGCGGCGUGGAGAAGAAUUACUUUGCCAGCAUUUAUCAGCGAUCGCUCUACAAUGUGCCAGAGCUGCGAGCGCAGCCAUUUUGGCAGCCUGAAGAGACGGGCUAUGCGGAGCAACUGCAGCAGCUGCAGCGUCAUUGGCGUGAAAUACGCAACGAAGCGUUAGGCCUGCUUAGCAGAGCAGGAUACUUUGAGGACGAAACGGAGCAGCUACGUGACACUGGCAAAUGGCAGCAGUUUGAGCUUUUUGUGCGUGGACAGCAACUUGCAAGGAAUUGCCAGCGUGCGCCUUUAACUUGCCGCCUGUUGCAGCAAUUUGUGGCUGCCAGUCGUUGCACACGUGGUCAGGUGAAGUUCAGCGCCAUGCAGGCGCACACGCAUGUUUGGCCACACUGUGGACCCACCAAUACGCGUCUGCGUGCCCAUCUAACGCUGCAGGCGCCGCAGCCAGAGCUGACCAGACUGCGUGUAGCGCAGCAGGAGCGCACCUGGCAUGAGGGCGAUUUGCUGAUAUUCGACGACAGCUUCGAGCAUGAGGUCUGGCAUAAUGGCACACAGCUGCGUCUGGUGCUCAUUGUAGACUUUUGGCAUCCCGAUUUGAGUCCACAGCAGCGUCAACGCUUGCAUCCCAUUUAAGUCGAUGUAAUUUGUAAUUCGUUCUUUUGUUUCAACACAUUGCAGCCAUUUAUCUAUAAGUUUUAGUACUUUACAACUCAUACUGUUUAAGUAUUGCCAUUAAGCUGGAACGCGUGUUUAGCUCUAAGCAUUAAUUAUGUUGACAGUCUGAAAUUGGUUGGCAGCGUACUUAUCAGACAAGUUUUAUAAAUACAGUAAACUUUUACGUUUCAAAUAA